UAAGAGGUACAGGUAAACUUCAGAGAAAAUUUUGCGAGCAGCAGACGUAGUCGUUGUGAAUUUUUGUAACUUUUCGUUGGUGCUUUAUGUAGUUCUGGUGAUAAAUAAUGAAUGAAUUGAAUAACGUCGAGGUAAAGACCGUCCAACACUCGAUCCCAACGGAUAUAUUGGAUGACCUCUUAACGAGAUUUCUGAUAUUUGUGCCAGAAUCCGCCAAGCAGAACUUGAUACGAAUUUGUUUCCAAAUAGAGUUGGCCCAUUGGUUUUACUUGGAUUUUUAUGUAGGGAAUGACAAACGCCUUAAGGCUUGUACUAUUUAUGAAUUUGCUGCCCAUGUCUUUCAGCACAUCCCAUUCCUCCAACGGGAGAGCCACAAACUAAAACAAAUCCUCAAAGAAUGGAAGGAGUACAAGCAUAGCGUGCCGACAUACGGCGCAAUAAUUCUUUCAGAAAACAUGUCGCAUGUCCUUCUCGUCCAGAGUUACUGGGCAAAGUCUUCUUGGGGUUUCCCCAAGGGUAAAGUAAAUGAGGAGGAGGAUCCCGCUCACUGCGCCGUUCGAGAAGUUCUCGAAGAGACUGGCUUUGAUAUAAGCAACAACAUCAACCCCGAUGAGUACCUAGAGGCUGUAAUAAACGAACAACUCGUCAGACUGUACAUUAUAAAGAACGUACCGUUGGCAACGCAGUUCUGCCCCAAGACCCGAUGCGAGAUCAAAUCUUGCAGUUGGUUCGCUGUCUCUGACCUACCCACGAGCAAAAAGGACAGCGCCUCGAAGGCUAAGAUGGGCAUCAACCCGAACGCCUUCUUCAUGGUCCUUCCGUUCGUCAAACGCCUCAAGCAGAUCUGCACGACGGAGCACAAACGUAAUAGCCUAGGUCUACCCAGAAGGCGGACGUGGACGACACAAAACCCGUCAGAAAGAAGCAGGACAAGAAGCAAGCCACUCGACGGGAACUGUUUCCAGAACAGGAUAAUAACGGAAGCCAGUUCUGCGCGCCGUCCUGGUUGAAUUUCAAAUUCAACAGGUUCGCCAUCAUGGAGUGUGUGCCGUGAACGCACGUCCUAUCAACUUAGAACCUUGAGGUACGUCUAAUAAAUUAUUGCAAAUAGAAUAUUUUGAUACGCUGUACGUUUACGGAAGAUGAAGAUUGCAAGUGCAAGACAAAUCAUUUAUUUUCCAAUCCGGGUAGUCUAGAUUUAAACUUUUGUUAUAUUAACACGUCGACUCCCGGGAACGCCUUUUUUAUAGAGGUUAUUCAUGUUUCGAGCUGUCGAAACUCUUAUGGAUCGCGGUCGGCAACAAUAUUAUCUAAAAAUGUUGUCGCCGCUCCUCCUGGAUAAUUUCGUUUUUGGCCGCUGAUGUUCAGCGGGUCCGAAUUUUCAUUUUCUUUAAACUUUAAGGCUGGGCUCACACAGCUAGAGUGUUCUUCUUCUUCUUCUAAUAGUAGUUCUGUGGUUGGGGAAGGGAUUUUUGAAAUUAACUUGUUUAGUUUCGUUUUAUAUAAAAUUGUUCUUGGGUAUUUGCACGGUUGUCGUCCGUGAUCAAAAUUAUCGCAUUUCUAAAAAUGGGAUCUAACCUCAAAGUUGAUUUUCUUACGAAUUGCUGAACUGAUUUAAUUUUUUUUAAUUGUUGAUUUAUUUCUCUAUAAAGAGACUAAGAUAUCAAUUUUUACUGGAAUUUCGGUUUUCAGUAUAUACAGGGUGUUCAGGAAAUGAAUGGAGAUCUUCCAGAUAUGGGUAGGCCCUGUAGAGUUUAGCUGUUGACAUUGAGAGUUGAAAAUUUAUUUUUUGUUACAAUUUUUUUGUUUCUCAUUAAAUUUGGAUUGUUGUUGGGUAAAAGCUAUGUUAUUUGAAGCGAUUUACCGAUUAACUUCAAAGGUCCAAGGGAAAAGUGCCCUUAGCAGAUUUGGCUUCCAAUAAAAUUUAUAAGUAAUUUUUGUUGCCCUCUUUCAGUGAAAAUGUGACAUGUUGGUAUCGUUACAACAAACUUUUUUCGAGGUAGACGUUUAACGAUAAAUAUUCUUUAUUGUCUUUGACAUUUUAUUGUAAAAAAUACCUGAAAACAACAAUUGGUUUGCAGAAAUUACUAAUUUUUGUUUUCAUUUAAUUUUACUAUGAAGCUGUCGAAAAUAGUAUGCAAUCUUCACCAUUUUGUUGUUGUUUAUUUCGAAAAUGGUUUGUUCUAUCGAUAUCAAAUAAAUACACGAUUUUCAAUUAUAAAUAUACGAAAAUCUUAAAAAUGACGAUAAAAAUGGGAGGCCAAAGCUACCGAAGGAGCUCUACCCCUCGUUUUCCAAAGCAGCUAUCAGUAAAUUGAAUUCAUUAGUAGAAGUUAUUUCAAAAAACAUAGUUUUUAUGCAAAAAUUCUAAAAUAUUACGAAAAAAAGUAUAACAAAAAAUAUAUACUCG